AUGUCAUCCCUCCAGAGAGUUCUGGGUCUACCCUGGGGUCUCCUCCCAGUUGCAUAUGCCAAGAAAACCUCCAAAGGAAUGUGCUCAGGAGGCAUCCUAAUCAAACCACCUCAGCUGGAUCCCUUCAACGCCGAGGAGCAGCGGAUCCACUCCAGACUCCCGCUGGAUGUCCAAGCUCCCUCUGGAGAUUUCCGAGAGACAGAGCUGUGCUGGCAGCUUAUAUUCCUUAACCUUUCUCCUCACUUUCUCUCCUAGAUCCCAGUGAUGACGGGAGCCUUCAUGGACUCCUCGCCCAAUGACGACUACAGCGGCGAGCACUCGCUCUUCAACUCCUCCGCGAGCGUCCACGCCGCCGCCUCGGCCGCCUCGGUACACGGCCAGCAGGACGAGUCGCAGUCCAUGUCCAGCGACGCCAUCUGGCUCUGGAUCGCCAUCGUCGCCACCAUCGGAAACAUUGUGGUGGUGGGCGUUGUCUACGCCUGCACGUUCUGA